CAUUGAUGUUGCGUCGGGUUAAAUUGUUUUCAAAAUAUUACAAAACGCUAAUAAAACGAUAAAAUGCCGAAAAACAUAACUAGUGAAGUUCGCGAUAUUAUAUUAAAAGUGAAGGAAUUUAUGGACGAAGAAAAACGAAUGCAGGUGCCGAUAAUCCCUUUAAGCAAAGUGUAUGUUAGAGUGUCUGCAGCUACAGGUGUCUCAGAACGUACUGUUCUUAACAUUGUCAAGGAAGCUAGACUAGUAGAACAAGGUCUUUUAGAUCCUGAAACAUUAAAAAAGUCGCCCAAGAAAAGGAUACGGACUAAAGGAAAAAUUGAGGUGGACGAAUAUGACCUACAAGUGAUCAGAAGGAAAAUUCAUGAAUUUUAUGCCUUCAAAAAAGAAGUUCCUACAAUAAAUAAGCUCUUACAAAUAUUAAAGGAGGAAAUAAACUUUAAAGGCUCAAGGGAAACACUAAGAAAGAUACUACGAAAGAACGGUUUUCAAUUUAGAAAGACAAAAAAUAAUAAAGAGAAAGAAUCCCAACCUGAACCAGCCCCCGCAGUUCCUUCAAUGGUUCCACCAUAUAUACACACAAUGUUUGCACACAAAAACUUACAAGCUUAGGAUAAAAAUAGGUAAGUAAACACUUAUUUGAGAAAAUAAAUGUAUUCAAAAUCUGUAAAUAAAUUUAGACUGACUCGAAUGA